AUGCAGGAGGACUGGGCUGAGAGCCUUACGGAGCUGAGCACCAUGAAGACGGCUCUGUCCCAAUACAUUAUCGCUGAUGAUGUCCUGCUGCUGCAGGAGCAGGUGGAGCAGCUGCACUGCCAGUGGGAGGAACUUUGUUUCAAGGUAUCCCUGCGCAAACAGGUGAUAGCUGACUGUCUCAAUGUAUGGAUGAUCUUCAAUGAGAAGAACAAAGAGCUGUGUGAGUGGCUCACACAGAUGGAGAACAAGGCGGCUCACAACUCUGACCUUAACAUUGAAGAAAUGGUGGAAAAACUAAAGAAGGACUGUAUGGAGGAGAUCAACCUGUUCAGUGAAAAUAAGACACACUUGAAGCAGCUUGGAGAACAGCUUAUCACAGCUAGCAACAAGGCCAAGGAGACAGAGAUCAACGAAAAGCUGAAGGAUGUCAACGACCGCUGGCAGCAUCUGUUUGACCACAUAGAGGCUAGGAUGAGGAAGCUGAAGGAGACAUUGGUCACAAUUCAGCAGCUUGAUAAGAACAUGAGCAACCUGCGAACAUGGUUGUCCUGCAUCGAGGCAGAGCUGACAAAGCCUGUGUUCUACAACAUGUGCCACAGUGAGGAGAUCCACAAGAAGCUUGCUGAGCAGCAGGAUCUUCAAUGGGACAUUGAGCAGCACACUGAAAGUGUGGCAUUGGUGCUAACGCUGUGUGACGUAUUGCUCCAUGAUACUGAUGCAUGUGGCAGUGAUUCAGAAAGUGACUUGAUCCAACAGACUGCUCGCAGCCUGGACUGUCGCUGGAGGAACAUUUGCUCCAUGUCCAUGGAGCGGAGGAUGAGGAUAGAGGAAACUGGGCAUCUUUGGUGUAAAUUCUUGGAUGAAUAUUCUCACUUUGAAGACUGGUUGAAAGCAGCUGAGCUCACUGGAGCCAACCCCAAUUCCUCUGAUGUCCUCUACACCUGUGCCAAAGAAGAGCUUAAGAAGUUUGAGACAUUCCAGCGGCAGGUUCAUGAGCGGCUAACUCAGCUGGAGCUUUUUAAUAAACAAUAUCGCCGCCUGGCCCGGGAGAACUGCACAGAUGCUGCUUGCAAGCUUAAGCUCUUGGUUCAUGAUGGAAACCAGCGAUGUGACUUCCUGCAGAGAAGGGUGGCAGCUGUUCUCCGUAGGCUAAAGGUGAGAACCAAGUUUGUCCAAGAGUUGAUCAGAUGAAGAGAGGACUUUGAAGGAACCCGUAAAGGGAUUCUUGUCUGGCUUACAGAGAUGGACCUGCAACUCACCAACGUGGAGCACUUCUCAGAGAGUGACAUCGAAGACAAGACUAGGCAGCUGAGAGGCUUCCAGCAGGAGAUCACGCUAAACACCAACAGGAUUGAUGCCCUGAUUGUUUUGGGGGAGAAUCUAAUCCAGAAGAGUGCUCCACUGGAUGCUGUGCUGAUCGAGGAUGAGCUGGAGGAGCUUCACUCCUACUGUCAGGAGGUGUUCGGCAGGGUGGCUCACUUCCAUCAGCGCCUCAUCAACAGAAGACCGGUUCUGGAUGAGGAUAGGGAGAUAUCAGACCAUGAAUCAGACCUGGACCAAUCCUCCUGUGAGACCAAUAGGAGUUCCUGGAUAGAAGAGAGGAAAAAGAAAGAAACCGAAGCUCCAAUUCUGGGUGAAGUCUCAGCUGGACGGCAGGCCAUGUCCCACCUGCUGAUACCGCCGCUAGAACUGUCAGGAAGAGAAACCCCCGUCAGCGUGGACUCCAUUCCCCUAGAGUGGGACCACACCGUUGACGUAGGAGAGUCAACAUCGCAAAAGGAUGAAGAGGAUGCCUCAUUGUUCAGUGCUUUGUCAGUGAAGUCAGUUAUGCAGCGGCCCAGCUGGCACCCGCCCAGCUCCCUGGAGAGAAAACGUGUCUGCAGAGAAAUCAUCCAUAGUCUAAGCACCACGCCAACUCACAACAGCAGCUCUUCACGACAUCAGGGAGGCUAUACAAAGAUCAUGUCAGACAGCAGUGGGACCAUUAACAAUGUGAAAAGAGUCAAACUGAUCCUCAAUGAUGACCAGGAAGUUGAGGAGGCAGGUCUGAGCAGCAGCACAGCCAGCAAGCAAACCAACACAGGUGGGAUUGAAUGCUGGGAGAUGCAGCAAGCCCGAAAGCCCACUGCGGAGACAAAUGUCAUGCAUGACCUGGAGCACUGGCACAAGCUCAACUCUGACCUCUGUGAUGUCAUCUCCUGGCUGGGCAGGGUGCUUCCUGAGCUGGAGAGACUGCAGCACAUUGUUCCAUCCACCAGCAUCCAAGACAUUGAGGUCAACAUCAAGAAACUCAAAGAGAUGCGGAGGACCUUUAACAGCUACAAGUGUCUGAUGAUCUCUGCCAACUUGAGCAGCCAUUACAUCCUGCAGGAUGACGAUGCUGAGCUCCAGGAACUGCAGGAGGCUUUGUGCUCAGCCAAUCACAGCUGGACUCAGGCCUGCAGCAUUCUAGAGAGCUGGGAGAGGAAGCUACAUUCUGCUCUCAUGCAGUGUCAGGAGUUUCAUGAAGCAUUGCACUCACUGCUACUGUUGCUCUCUCAAGCUGAGAACAAGUUGCAUGGUGUAAACAUCUUCAAGCUGUCAAUUCCACCAUCCACCCUGCUCCAGCAGCAACACACGCUGAUAACUCUGCAGGAGGAGCUUCAUGCCAGACAUCGUCAGGUUUCAGCUUUACAGGAGAUCUCUUCCCAGCUCCUGUUGGAAGCCACCUCUGAGGAGAGUGUAGAGGCCAAGGAGAAAAUUCAUGUCAUUGGCAACAAGCUUCAUGUGUUGCUGCAGAAGGUAGCUGCAGCCCUGUCUUCACUGCAGGAAAUAGUGGAGGAGGCUGGUUUUCAGGCAGCUACACCUAUUAGAGGAGAGAGAAGAGGUCUGUCCCUCCAUCGACCUUUGCUCUGCCGGCUCAUACAAGCUGCCUUCUCCCUGCACAUGCUGUUCCUGGUUCUGCUGGUCCUAGUUUUUCUGAUACCACUGUCUGACCAGGACCACAGCUGUAGUCUGUCCAACAACUUCGCCCGAUCCUUCUACCCAAUGCUGCACUACACCAAUGGCCCUCCACCAACAUAAGAGCUGCCAACCGAAGGGUUGAUCUCACCCAUACGUACUGCAUCGUAGUUAGAACUACCGCUCUCCUCAUAGACACAGAACAGGUGAUGUGUUGUUUUGUUGUAAUUAUUUCUUCUGGAUUUAAAAUAGAUUUUUUUUUAUUAUUUUAACUUAAAGCUAUAUUGGUUUGUUUUGAAAUUUUGCAAUUAUUAAACCAACAUUUUUCUACAUGAAGACUCUGCUGCAAUAUACUAUAUGACACAAAUAAAGUUCCAAACUAUAUUAGAA